GCAACCGCCAGCGCCAUCGAGAGGGCCAGACCAUAAAGAGGCCUCGAGCCCGCCCUCCUCCUGACUUUCGCACCUCUUGCACUCCGCACCUCUCCACACGCACCACACGCAGCCAUGAGCGCGCCCUCCUCCGAGCCUGCCGACGCUGCCCUCGUCGCCGCCAUCCAGAACUCGCACGACGCCGAGGCCGCGCUCGCCACGCCCGUCGCCGCCACGCACACCGACGCGCCGUCUGCCGCAGCCGACGUGCCCGCCGUCGUUGCGGACGCGCCGGCGGUCAGCGCCGCCACCGACGAGGCGCCCGAGGCUGUUGCCGCCAAGUCGCCCAAGGCCGGCCUCUUCACCAGCUUCCCGUUCAAGCGCGGCGCCGGUGCCACGUCGCCCGGCACCACCAGCCCCGCGGCCCUCUCGCCAGCCGAGGACAAGGAGAAGCACGCGCCCUUCAUCGCCGGCCUGCGCCGCCGCUUCACCGGCAGCAAGGGCGCCGACGGCAAGGAGGAGACGUCUGCCGCCGCGCCCGAGUCGACCGAUGCGGCACCGGCAGGCGAGGUCAGCGCCGCCAAGCUCGACGAGGAGAUGCCGGCCGCUGCGCCCGUCGAGGCCGCGCCCGUCAAGGACAAGAGCCGCCCGUCGAGCCCGCCGUUCCUCGCCAAGCUGCGCGGCCGCAUGUCCAGCCACGGCACACCCGGCACCGGCAAGGCUCCGGAGCCAGCCACCGGCGCCACCGAGCCCGUCUCGGCUGCCGAGGGCGAAGCGGCCGCGCCCGCUACCGACGCUUCGGCUACCGAGACGACAACGGAGCAUGCUCCGCCCGCUGCCGGCCUGAGCGAGCGCGAGAAGCGCCGCACUAGCCUCGUCGACGGUAUCCGCCGCCUGAUCGUCUCACCCGGCGCCGCCAGCACCAAGCGCUCCUCGUCGCACGGUCCGGUUGACGGCUCGAAGGCUCCGGAGGCUGCAGCGCCUGCCGAUGCUGCCGUCGCGGCCUCUACGGAGCCGGCUGCUGAGCCUGCUGCCCCCGCCGUGCCCGACAAGAAGGCCGACGACGGCGAGAAGGCCAAGUCGCCCACGUUCGUCGAGAAGCUCCAGCAGCGCUUCGGCGCCUCGGCUGCUGGCAAGAGCAGCAGCACAGAGGACAAGGCUGCACCGAGCACGGCGCCCGCCGCCGAGGUCGCACCGUCGACGUCUGCGGCGCCUGCCGCGUCGGAGGCGAAGGACGAGUCCAAGACGAGCGAUGCUCCCGCUGCCGCCGCCGGACCGGCCGGCAUCUUCGCCGUCAUCAAGGACCGUGUCAACCAGCAGCUGCACGGCGGCAAGGGCGAGAGCAAGACGGAGGCGGAGAAGGAGAGGAGCGCCGUCGAGGCCACGCCGGCCGAGAGCGCCGCUCCUGCCGUUCCUGCUCAGAGCACCGAGAGCGCCGCCGCGCCCAUUGCCGGCCACACGUCGCCGAAGCGCCGCGAGAGCUCGACGGCCGGCAACGCCGUCAAGCGCAUCUCGGGCCUCUUCACGGCCCGUCGUCAGCCCAGCGAUGCUGCCGUGCCCGCUGCCGGCGCGAGCUCCGAGCACGCCAAGGACGCCGACGCCGCGCCUACGGCUAUCGUGGCCAGCGAUGCACCGACGGACGCUCCUGCCCCGACGGAGACGGCUCCGGUCAUCAGCGCCGACGACGCGCCUGCCGCAGUCGCUACCGAGACGGUCACUGCCGAGCCUGCAGCCGUCGAGUCCUCGGACGCGGCCCCUGCUGCUGAGACGACUGCUCCUGCUGCGUCUGUGCCGGCUGCUACUACCGCCUGAUCGUGCGACGCCAGCUUGCCUCUCAGCGCCAAUCCUUUCCACGAGUACCCCCCAUC